UUUUUUUGGGAAGACCGAGGAGAAGAGACUACGGUGGGGAUAAUCUAAGCGACGACAACAACAAGGAAGGAUAAUGGCUUUCUCUCCUAACCCUCUUUCUCUAAGCGUACCCGAUCCUGCUUUCGAAUCUUGGCUCCGAGACUCCGGUUAUCUCGAGCUCCUCGAUCACCGCACAUCCGCUGCAGCCGCCGCCGCUUCCUCCUCUGCACCCGUAUCAACCUCGGCUGCCGCAACUUCCUCUGCCUCCGACGAUGUCGUUUCCUCCAUUACCGGUGGUUUCUUCGCUUCUCUCUUGUCUCGGCUCGUCACUGUUUCUUCUCUUCUGACUAUCAACCCUUUCUCCAAGCUCUCCGCCGAUGACUUUUCCGGAGAUACGCCACCGUGGACCACCGGUUUCUUUGGCAAUUGCGACUCUUAUUCGUUCCCGUCGUCUUCUCAGCAAGCGAGGAUGAGAGUUCAUGAGAAUAUCAAACGAUUCGCUAGGAAUUACGCUACCCUCUUCAUCGUCUUCUUCGCUUGUGCACUGUAUCAGAUGCCACUUGCAUUGGUGGGAUUGUUAGCAAGCUUAGCACUUUGGGAGCUUUUCAAAUACUGCAGUGAUAGAUGGAAGUUUGAUCGUCACCCUUCCAUGAGGAAGUUCUCAAUCGGUAUUGGUCAGUGUGGGACUGCAGUUCUUCUCACGUUUUUGAAUGUCCAAAUGGCUCUUUUCUCUGCUCUUGCCGUCAGUUAUUCAGUUAUGAUAUUGCAUGCUGGGUUCAGGAAGCUCACGCCAUCCAAGAAACCAUCUCGAGGAAGAUAAACCGUAUCCACGAGAGCUUUGAAUUUUGUUUAUGCGAUUCAUCUACAGUUUUGGUAAUCAUGAGAUGUAGUGUCUGGUGACUUUGAAACUCAGACAGAGGCAGACAACAAUAGUAGCUAGAUGGUAGAUUAAGAAAGUGUGAAUGUUAAAAAUCAUCUAAAAGCAAAACAAAGAUUACAAACUGUAAGAAAGAAAUAAAGGGAAAGUUUAUGAAUGAUGAGUACUUAAAUUUUUAUAUAGGUAACUGAUAAAUUGUUAUUGGCAAAUGAUAAUAAAGAUAACAUAUGGUUUUAUACAAAAA